CUUCUCUCUUUCUAUUUCAUUUCUUCUUCUUUUUCGUCAUCUUCUCCUCUCUAUUAUCUUUUCCUCCUUCCCUCCUUCAAUCUCAUUUCUUUCCUUCCUCUUAAUCAUCCUCUUUUUUCUGCUUUCUUUUCCUCCUUCUCCUUCUCUCAUUCCUUUCCUUCCUCUUUUUCGUCCUCUUUUUUUUCUGCAUUCUUUUUCUCCUUCUCCUUCUAUCUCAUUUCUUUUCUUCUUUUCCUCUCUCCUUUCUGCUGUCUUUUCUUCCUUCUCCUGUCUCAUUACUUUCCUUCUUUUCCUCUUUUCUCUACUUUCUUUUAUCUUUUCCUCUCUUUUUUUUUCUCUCAAAGCCGUUGAUGAAACACUAAAGCAGAAACAUCUAUGAAAAUCCUGUCUCUGUAAUUUUAUAUCGUCACCUCCUCCUCCUCCUCCUCCUCCUCCUCCUCCUCGGCCUCCUCCUCCUCCUCCUAGCCAUGCCGCUGAGUAAGAGAAAGAGUGUUACCAAUACAGUCACUUCCCCCUCACAUCCAGUAUUACCAACUCAGCGCAACACCCCAGGAAGACGGCAUUCGCAUCCUCUUCUUCCUCUUCCUCGUUUUUCUCUUCCACUACUUCCUCUUCCAUCCGGUCCUCCACUUACCUCUUCCACUUCUUUUCCUCCUCCUCCACAUCCCUCUUUCCUCCCUCAUUUUCCUCCUCCUUGUUUUUCCUCUUCCUCUGCUUCUUCUUCAACUUCUACUUCUUCAUUUUCUUCGUCUUCGAGUUCCGCUUUCUCGCCUCCUUCUUCCACCUACCACCCACGUCCACAUCCUCCUCCUCUUCUUCCUCUUCAUCAUUCCUCUUAUCUCCAUCAUUAUCAUCCCAUUUCCCUUCCACGUUCAUCAUCGCCUCCUCCACUCCCUGCAUCAUCUCUUCCUUCUCAGUCACCUCCUCCUCUUCUUCCUCUUCCUCUUCCUCCUCCUCCUCUUGCCCCCCUGGUCCGACGAUCGUCACAACCACCUCCUUCUUCAACAAAACACGCUGCGCACUCAUCACAACCACCAGUGUCAUCACCACGGAGCUACACACCACCAUUCCCACCACCAGCCUCAUCACCACCACCACUACUGCAUUACCACUUUUCACCACCAUCAACAGCACCAUCACCACUACAGUCACCACCACCACCACAUCGACAACCAUCACGGUCUAGGGCACCACCUCCACCAUCACCUCGACCACCACCACCACCACCACCACACCACAAAACAGUCACAUGUCUUGUUUGUAAUGAAAGAACUCAACAAAUGACUACCUCCACCUCCUCCUCCUUAUCCUCCCCACCCUCUUCCUCCUCCUCCUCCUGCUCCUCCUCUUCCUCCUCCUUCCCUUCCUCCUCUCUCCACCUCUUCUUCGGCCCAGUUCGAUGUGUAAGGUGUGGAAAAAAUGUCCACUCCUGUUCUGAGUUUUCCCAAGUGGUGGAUAGGUGGAGGAGAGGGGUGAAGAGGAGGAGAGACAGAGAAGAGGAGGAGGAGGAGGAGGACUGGAUGGAAGGGGAAUCGGAUAUGUAUAAAAAGAGUAAGAGAAGAAAAUGUCUGCACAGUGAUUUUGAAUGGCCUGAGAACCCGACAAGUUUUCUGAAAAGGAGAAUAAGAAAUAGGGAGAGAAGGAGAAGGGAGAGGAGGAUAAAGGGGAGAGAACACGAAGGAGAGAAAAGUGGGAGGGGAGAGAAACAGCACGAGGAGAAGGAAGAAAAGGAGAAAACAAAAGUGAAUCAUCCAGACGCGAGGAAAAUUAACGUAGGAAGUGAAAGGGGAGAAGAAAAACAUGAUAACGAGGAGAAAAGAAAGACACAAAUUAAAAGAAAAGAUGAUGCAGAAUACGAGGAGAGGAAGGAAAGAAAGAAAAGAAGAAUGGAAAAGGAGGAAGAAAAGGAAGGUGAUGUGAAGCGAAAAGACGAUAAAGAAAGGGAGGAAGGAAAGAAAACGAAGAUGGAAAAGGAGAAGGGAGAUAGAAGUGAAGUGGAGGGAAGGAAAGGAAAUAAAGAAAGGGAGAUAGAAAAGGGAGGUAGAGUGGACGCCAUGAGAGAGGAUAAAGAAAAGAGGGAAGGAAAAGUGGGAAAUGAGAAAGAAAUGAGAGAUAACGUGAGAGAUAAGAAAGGACACAAAGAAAGUAGGGAAAGAAGGAAAAGUGUGACCAGUGAAAUUUCAAAACAGUGGAGCAAAGACAGGGAAGAAAAUAAAGAAAAAAGAAAGAUGAAUGUCGUAAACGAAGAAAACGAAGAAAAAACGAGAAGUAUAAGCAGUGAAAUUCCAAAACAGUGUAGCAAAGACAGGGAAGAAAAUAAGGAAAAAAGAAAGAUGAAUGGCGUAAACGAAGAAAACCAAGAAAAAACGAGAAGUGUGAACAGUGGAAUUUCAAAACAGUGUAGCAAAGACAGGGAAGAAAAUAAGGAAAAAAGAAAGAUGAAUGGCGUAAAUGAAGAAAAAGAAGAAAAGAGAAGAAGUGUGAACAAUGAAAUUCCAAAACAGUGUAGCAAAGACAAGGAAGAAAAGAAAGAUAAAGAAAAAAGAAAAAUUAAUGGCGUAAACGAAGAAAACGAAGAAAAGACGAGAACAUACGAAGACAAAAGGGAUAUGAGAUUAAGAAUGAACUACAAACAAAGGAGAAAACUGAGCGAAAAGGAAAAAGGAGAAGAGGAAGGGAAGGAGGAGAAGAGACUGAUAAUUGACAAAAUAUAUUGGAGAAAGAAGGAAGAGGGGAAGAAAAUAAAAAUACCACUUGAGGAAAAGGAGAGAAAGAUGGAAGUGGAGAAGAAAGAGGAGAAAGAGGAGGAGGAGGAGGAGGACAGAAGCAAGAUAACAGGUGAGAUGAGAGAAAGGAAAAAGAUGAAAACAAAGGAAGAGAAGGAGGAGGAGGAAGAAAACGAAAAUAAAGAGGAAAGGAAGAAGGAACAGAAAAAGGAGGAGGAGAGGGAGAAAGAGGAGGAGGAGGAGGAUAGAAGGAAAAGGGAGAUGACCGAUACUAUCUCCCAGUAUCUCCACCAACUCAUCUCCAUUCGAUAUAAGUCCCCGUGGAGGUCAGCUUUCAGGGAGGUGAGGAGAUACGUGGAGGAGGAGGAGGAGGAGGAGAGGAGGAGGAGGAGGAGGAGGAGAAGGAGGAGGAGAACCACUGAAGAGGAGGAAAGGAAGAUAAGGAACACGAGGGAUAGAAGAGAGAAGAGGAGAAAGGAGAACACUAGAGGAGACGAGGAGGAGGAAAUAAGGAGGAGGAGGAGGAGAACAGAAGAGGAAGAGGAGGAGGGAGAGGAAGGAAGAAGGAGGAAGAGGUAUCAUGAAGGAGAAGACAUCGGAGUCCCACAUUCUAUAUCCUCUCCUCCUCCUCCUCCACCUCCUCCACCUCCACCUCCUCCACCUCCUCCUCCUCCUCUUUUGUCACCUCCUACAUCUUUAUCUCCUCCUCAUCUGUCUUCUCCUCAACCUCCUCCACCUCCACCACUGACCACUCCUCCUCCUCCUCUUCUCUUUCCUCCUCCUCCUCCUCCUCCUCCUCCUCCUCCUCCUCCUCCUCCUCCUCCUCCUCCUCCUCUUGUGCCUCAGACUGUGGUGGAGGAGGCUGAAAUACCUCAAGUAGUGUGGGAGGAAGACGUCGUGGAGGAAGAAGAGGAGCAGGAGGAGGAAGAGGAGGAGAAGGAGGAAGAACCAGUAGCAGAAGAAGAAGACAAAGAAGAAGAAGAAGAAGAAGAAGAAGCAGAGGAAAAAGAAGAAUUAGAAGGAGAAGAAGAAGAAGCAGAAGGAGAAGAAGAGGAGCUAGAAGAGGAGGAGGAGGAGGAGGAGGAGGAGGCAGCAGUAGAAGAAGAAGAAGAAGAAGAAGAAGCAGAAGAAGUAGAAGAAGAAGAAGUAGAAGAAGAAGAAGCAGAAGGAGAAGAAGAGGAGGCUGAAGAAGAAGAGCAGGAGGAAGAGGAGGAGGAGGAGGAAGUAGCAGCAGAAGAAGAAGAAGAAGAAGAAGAAGAAGAAGAAGAAGAGGGGAAGCUAGAAGAGGAGGAGGAGGAAGAGGAGGAGAAGGUGGAAGUAGCAGUAGAAGAAGCAGAAGAAGAAGAAGAAGAAGAAGAAGAAGAAGAAGAAGAAGAAGAAGAAGAAGAAGAAGGAGAAGAAGAGGGGAAGCUAGAAGAGAAGGCUGUAGAGGAGGAGGAGGAGGAGGAGGAGGAGGAAAAAGAAGAGGCUGAAGAGGAAGAGGAAGAAAAAGAGGAGCUUGAUGAUGAUGUAUUUAAAAAAGGAAUUUGUCUUUUUUUGGAUGCCGAGGAGAAUAUUGAACUUAAUGAGUCACUGAUCGUGGAAGUUAAAUUUGAGUCGGGAGAGGAGGAGGAGGAGGAGGAGAAGGAGGAGGAGGAGGAGGAGGAGGAGGAGGAGGAGGAGAUGCAUUUCAACCGGCUUUUAAGAGGUAAAGAGAAAAUAAAACCUGUGAAAGAGGAAACAGAUGAAGAGGAAGAGGAGGAGAAAGAGUGGGAGGAAGAGAAGGAGGAGGAGGAGGAGGAGGAGGAGGAGGAGGAAAAAGAAGGAUCACUGAACCUUGCCUCGAGGGAGUGUAAGAUAAGAGGAGGAGGAGGAGGAGGAGGAAGAAGAAGAAGAAUAAAAAAGGGAGGGAGAUAUUUCUUCACGGCAGAGAGGAUGGAGAAAGAAAGGAGGAGGAGGGUAAACUUGAGGAGGAGGAGGAAUUGGAGGAGGAAGAAGGAAGAGGAGGAAAGAAAGAGAAGAAGAGAAACAGUAGAGUACAGUUUACGAAGAAAGGAAGUGUAUAGAAGCAUGGAAGAAGAAGAACAAGGAGAAGAACAGGAAGAAGAGAAAGACGAAGAACAAGAAAUAACUGAUGAAGACGUAGAUGAAUAUAAGGAGGAGGAGGACGAGAAGGACACGGAAGAGGAGGAGGAGGAGGAGGAGGAGGAAGAAGAAAAGAGAAGAAUGAGCUACAACUUAAGAAAACGAACAUGGGAGGUAAGGAAAAAAGAGGGAGAGAGAAGAACUAGAGAG